AUGGAGACGACAGCCGGCGCCGUCAGAGCGAACCCCGACAAGUACCUAGCCCUCCUCGUAUAUGGAGGCGGAAACAAAAUCAAGGAAGAGAACCCCAACCUCACGAGCGACAUCAAAGACUUUCUCCGGGGGCUCACCAUCGCAGGGAACGAGAGGAUUCGCGUAGUCGACCCACCGAAGAGAGACACAGACAAGAGGGGGGAGUUCGCCAAGCCCCACAUCCUGCUGCUUCACCACGGAUCGCCCGAACUCCGGGCGUACCUACUGUGGUACCAAACCUUCGCGUUCCAAACUGAGGGAAGGAAAAUAGCUUUCUCCGCCCUCCGUUUCGAUGCCAACGUCAGACCCUGGUUCAUAACAGACAUUGUCGGCAGAGCAGUAUCCGACGACCCCGAGGCCAUCCAAGAGGGCCUAACAACCAUCACCUCAGCCCUUGCGAAGGACACCGACUUCAGGAACCACGUCGACGCAUGUCUUGCGAAGGUGGAAAACUCCAGGUCGAUUGACGAACGCGUGCAGGACACGCUCAAGAGCUUUGAAAUCCAUAGCAUGCGCGUAACGAACAGAGAAAAGAAGGAGAUAACCAUAUGGCAACUCUUCGCAGACCCUAUCGCGAACAACGGGCUGGAGUUCAAGGAGUGGCUGAGAAUCAUCACAUCCCGGCGCUACAUUAUUGAUGAGAUCGACGAAAUGUUCAUCCGGAGCAAAAACCUCAAACCCUACGACCCGUGCGCAUUCUGCAAGAGCGAGAUUCACCCCGAAGAACAGUGCCCCUUCCCGCUAGUAGCCGACUGGAAAGGCCCCAUACCCAGAGAAGUAAGAGCUGAACGAGCCAGAGCCAAGGAGGAGGCAGCGGCGAGAGACAGAACCAGGGAAUGA